UGAUAUUGUGAAAGAUGACAGUGCGACUGGAAUUGGGAAAGUUUUUCUGAGCUCCGCGUUACUUCUCAAAGGGUAACCGGUUAAUGAACACAAGAUAGUAGCCUACUUUAACUGCGCCGACUGGAAACUUUGGCAACUGAGAAAGAACGAAGAAACAACCUACAAGCCUACAAACAAAUGGACAUUGACGCGUUUAGGUGUGUUUUGUGACUGUUUUGUUCGCAUCGGACAGCUGCGUGCCACGGAAUGUAACAUCUUCCAUCUUAAGUUACCUGGACAAGAAAUCUCGGUGGGUAAACUGCUGCUGUCAUUAUCAUGAUCAUGAUGCAAACCCUGCUCCUUAUCCUGAGCUUAUGUGUCUGGGGUUGUCAUUGCAACGCCCGCACAACACCCCGAGUGCACCUGUCAUAUAAAGAGUUACUGGAGACAAAAACCAUACGGCCGUUCAGUUUCUCCUUCAACACCAGCGACUACAGAAUCCUGCAUAUGGACCAAGACCAAGGCCGGCUCUACCUGGGCAGCCGUGAAUAUCUGGUCUCUCUAGACAUGCAAAAUGUCAAUAAAGAACCCCUUAUUAUUCACUGGCCAGCAACAGCACAAAGAAAAGGGGAGUGUAAAUUAACUGGCAAAGGUGGACAGGGAGAGUGUGCUAACUUUGUGCGUCUGAUUGAGCCGUGGAACAGGACUCACCUGUACAACUGCGGCACAGGAGCUUAUAAACCCAUCUGCACCUUCAUCAACAGAGGCUGGAGAGCUGAGGAAUACCUGUUCCGGCUGGUUACUGGUUAUGUGGACUCUGGAAAAGGAAAGUCUCCUUACGAUCCCCGCCAGGAGAACGCAGCAGCUUUGAUAAAUGGGAACCUGUAUGCUGGAGUACAUGUGGACUUUAUGGGUACAGAUCCAGCCAUCUUCAGAACCUUGGGAGACCGUCCCGCUGUCAGAACCGAGCAGUAUGAUUCCCGAUGGUUGAAUGAGCCUGUGUUUAUAAAAAUCCAGAAGAUUCCAGACAGUGCAGAGAAGAAUGAUGAUAAGCUUUACUUCUUCUUUCGGGAGAAGAGUUUAGAUGCUUCGGGGGGCAGCGCUCCGAGCGUCCUCGCGAGAGUAGGCCGAGUCUGUCUGAAUGAUGAUGGAGGUCAGAGGUCAUUGGUGAAUAAGUGGACAACGUUCCUCAAAGCACGACUGGUCUGUUCUGUGAUUGGUGCAGAUGGUGUUGAGACUUACUUUGAUGAACCGAGAGAUGUUUUCAUCCAAAGGACCCAUGAUGAACGGAACCCCAUUGUGUAUGCUGUGUUCUCCACAGCUGGCUCUGUGUUUAAAGGCUCUGCCGUGUGUGUGUACUCAAUGGCAGACAUCAGAAAUGUCUUCAAUGGACCCUUCUCUCACAAACAUGGCCACAACUACCAGUGGACACCUUAUACUGGCAAAAUUCCUUACCCUCGCCCAGGGACUUGUCCUGGAGGAACCUUCACCCCUGAUCUCCACACCACUAAAGCCUUCUCUGACGAGGCUGUAAACUUUGUACGCGCCCAUCCGCUGAUGUAUCAACCUAUAUAUCCAAUACACAAGCGCCCACUGGUGGUCAGGACUGGAGUUGACUACCGUUUCACCACUAUUGCUGUGGAUCUGGUGGAUGCUGUGGAUGGAAGAUACGAGGUGCUCUUCCUGGGCACAGAUCGUGGCACAGUCCAGAAGGUGAUUGUCUUACCAAAAGACAUCAGCACAACAGAAGAGCUCAUUUUGGAAGAGGUUGAGGUUUUUAAGACUCCAGCUGCUGUCAAAACUCUGAAGAUUUCUUCUAAAAGGCUCAGUCGAGACAAAGAUGUCUUGAAGACCGGUCAUGGCAUCCUGCUGAAAUCUCUCACCCAAUUGGAUGCCGGCCUUUACCACUGCCUGGCAACUGAGAACAACUUCAAACACACCGUGGCACGCAUCUCCCUACGGAUCCUGGACCGGGAGAUCGUGGACGCGCUGACCGAGUCGGACGUCCCGAUCGAACCAGAGCACCACCACCACCAUUCCCAUCACCACCCUCCACCGCCGCCCCCUCCCCUUCAGACCAACCCACCUGCUCUCCAGCUCCACCCACAGCCUGAAGUGCGUCUCAUCAACCAGUACUGCCAGUCCUACAGGCAGCAGAUACAAAGCAAGCCACACAAAGCCAAACGCAACAACCGCAGGCACACGGGAGAACAGGAAGGGGAGGAGCUACAUGUGAGCAGUGAAUGGAACAGCAAUGGUUGACCAUGUCCCGUCCAUGUGCCCCAUCAUUAUGUCCUUCUUCUAGGCAAACUCAGUCCAUUUAAUAAAAUGAUUCAUUAGAUGUAUCAGACUGUGUCUGAACUAGAUUGAUUUUCGUUUGAUGCACUUAGCUCCCCUAACUAAUCUAAAUCUGGCUGUGAUGUGCUCACUUCCAUAGCUAGCAUGAAACCACACAGUUUUCGAAAUGAAUUCCUUAAAACGUCCAGCCACACCAGCAAAACUACUGCUGUUUUAUGUUAAACAUAAGCUAUUCCAUUCUAAUAUUCAGUACACCAAUGACUGCAGUGUAAAUACUGUCAGAAACGUUUGGAAACAUGUACGUUGUAGAGGCUUCAAAAGGUGUUUGGGGUGAAAUCGAAAGAUUGCUGAUUCAGUCAGUCGUCUCUAAACCCCCACACCAUAAAAUACAGUUGUGGAAGGAAUGUUUUGGAGCAUUUGAAGAUUACUACAAUUAUAGCACAAUAUAUCUUGCCAUCAUUUUGACCACUAAAGCUUUUACUUUUCUUGGCAUUUGCAAUUUUUUUAUAGCGUUUUCUGUAGUAAAGUCCUUGCAAGAACAGGUCAAUUUGUAUGGACAACUAGAA